GAUUGUGUGCGUGCAGCGUGAAGAUGUAAAACGAAUAAAUCUUCUUGUUUGAUUUUUUUGUUUCAAAAUCAGUAAAGUAACGUUGUAUAAAUAAUAUAAACCAAGAGAAUUAAACGCGUACUACAUCAUACAUACAUGUAAUUCGAUAGAGGAAACGAUUUAUGUAUUUCAUGUUCUAGUUCGCCAUUACUAUUAUGAACAUUGUACAGCGAUAUUUUAAAUUAAAUGUACACGAAGACGAAGCUUUUAUGUGCUUGUGCAUGUGAAUGUACCUACACCUACACAUCGUAGAGCUCUAUUUCUGAAGAGGUUUGUUAUUCAUAUUAUUUGGAAAAGGAACAUAAUUUUCUUUCAAUUUUGGCGGGAGGUCUGGCACGUUGUUUCACGCUCUUUGAAUGGCGAUCUGUCAUCUGUCGCCUUUUGGCCUCGACGCCUUUAUCUUACGUCCAUGUUUCAACGGUAUUUAGUCAUAAAAUUAGCAGUGCUAUAGUGAAAUUUCUUGUGCGGUGUGCGAUCGAUGUGGACAUUCGACGAUGCGUCAACGUUAGGCGCAUCGGAUAUGGAUAGGCGAGCGUGCCCGAGUUACGAAGCCGGGUUUGACGCCUACGAUCCGUUGAGUUCUGUUUUGGAGUGGUCUGGACGGGAGCCGGCACGUGUGCUCCGGCGGCGGUGCCGCAGUGAGGGAGUGGACCGCUCGCCAUACGAGGAUGUUCCCUUGCACCGUUCCGCGGACGGUGUACCUCGCUACCACAGAACACUGCCUAACAAGAGCCACUUUACUCUGAAUACCACACUCGAGGCCCAUUUCGACAGAUACCGCAACGAGUGUUCUUUGCCUGCUGCAGAAAACGGCGACUACAUCAUGGCUCACGAUCAAAAUAGACAUCAAAGGUACCACCAGCCAACCAGACCAAAAUUGCAAAAAUCCAGCCCCACUAGACCUCUACUAGUUACAACACUAUCCAACACAAAAGUGGAGGAAAGUCGUCUGCCAAAAGUUGAAGAGUUAUUGGAAAAAGUAGACCAUGAUAUGAUGGAAGUGCCAAUUACAAAACAACCUCUAAAAUCAAUACUCAAUAAUCCAUUUCCCAAGUCGCCACCACCAGGAAUAUUAAAAAAAACGAAAAAUAGAUCUUAUCAGGAUCCAAGAGAACCUAUAAGGAUUCCUGAGGGUCGCAGGAGACAACGUGCUUCUAGCGAGUCUGACAAUCUCUAUAGCCAUUUUCCUAUUACUGCUCCUAUACCAGGAUAUGAUAGUCGGGUCACAGCGAAUAUGAAAAGAGCCAAGGACAAUACUGGAACAGGAUAUUCAUAUGGGAGUGCUAUUGCUACCCUUGGUAAUCCGCCUUAUUCAAAAAGUCCUGCUAACUUCGCCAGAGUCAAAAGUAGCAACUACAAAGAACAGCAUCAUGUAGCAAGUGCUAAACCUGAGUGCCACAACAUGCAUGUGUUGAGAACCACUGCAAUCAAUAAUGAGACUGUAGAUGAUGACCCAGUUAUUGAAGGGCCACUCCAAGACUCGCCCAUACCUACCUGCCCAGCGGUGAGCCCGGCGUUACCGGUGAGCUCGGUGACAGUCAUACCACCGGUCCCGAAGAAAUCUGCCAAAACAGUUAAAAAGAAAACUAAGCCCAAAGUUAAGGCCAAUGGUAAAAUGAAGUCAAAGGCCGAAAUUGGUGGCGAGACUGAAGCUGAAGACGCCCACAGUACAUCGCCAUCGCCAGAUCCACCAAUAAAUAAUUGGGAUAUGGAAACAGAUAUUCUCAUAGCUGAAAUAGAGAAAUUAGAGAAAAUGACACCGUCGUCAGCCCAGAAGAAAGAUGAACCGGUUGAGCACAUUUCCAGUACUAAAUUGCCAGUAAAGCCGGCAGUAGCACCAACUCCGGCACCUAUACCAGCGCCGCCACCCGCACCAGCACCUGUUAAAAAAGCGACGUCGAAGGAUUCUCCAAUGCAUAUGCCUGAUGUAGUGAGCAACGCCCUUCGUCCCUCAUUGUUCCCUAGAGUCCCGCCUUAUUUGAGAUUUAUCAAUCACGACGACUCUCCUUGCCUUAAAAUUCCUUUGCCAAUUCAGAAGCAUCUCAAAUGGAAACUCACUACCAUCACCCCCAUCGUUGUUAAGAAAACCUUAACAAAUUCAGGUUUCCGCCUUGUGAAAAGCGAAUGUGAUACUGCAGAGUGCCCUCAAGAAGAAACUAUUGACUGGAUAGGCAUUUGGGGGAAACAUAUGAAAUCGUUGAUGUUCCGAGCAAUAAAAGAUGGCCAGAAAAUGAACCAUUUUCCUGGCACUUUUCAAAUUGGUCGAAAAGACCGUUUGUGGCGAAAUCUUCAAAAGUUAGCGAAUAAGUAUGGAAUAAAAGAGUUUGGUAUUAUGCCCAAAACGUAUGUGCUACCUCAUGAUUUGAAAUUGUUGAAACAUGACUGGGAGAAACACGCGGAGAAUAACGAGAGGUGGAUCAUCAAACCGCCCGCGUCAGCCCGGGGUACCGGCAUCCGCGUCGUGUCCCGUUGGACGCAAAUCCCUAAAAAGCGUUCCGUAGUCGUUCAGCGUUAUGUAUCCAAACCGUACCUGAUUAAUGGAAGUAAAUUUGACAUGCGCUUGUAUGUGUUAGUUACGUCCGUGCACCCCUUGAGAAUUUAUUUGUACAAAGAUGGGCUGGCCAGGUUCGCCUCAGUGAAAUACAAUGAUGAGCUGGCGUCACUAAACGACAGAUACAUGCACUUGACCAAUUAUUCAAUCAAUCGAUUGUCUAAAAACUACACUCCUAAUGAAGAUUUCUCUGCCUGUGAGGGACAUAAAUGGACGUUACAAACCCUGUUCCAAUACUUGAAGACGGAAAGGCGCGUUGACACUGACGCACUGUGGGAGUCGAUGAAAGAUCUUGUUAUAAAGACUAUUAUAUCGGGUGAAGGCAGCAUCAGCUCUCUAACGAAGGCCAACGUCACUUCCCGGUACAACUGCUACGAGCUGUUCGGCAUUGACGUGCUGUUGGACGAAGACCUCAAGCCUUGGCUACUGGAAGUAAAUAUCUCUCCCAGCCUGCACAGCGCGUCGCCCCUGGAUAUCCACGUGAAGGGGCCUUUAGUGACUACAGUGCUAAACAUAGCUCAAUUCCAAAUUCCGGUCAAAACAAAUCUCGAGAUGCUGUCCAAAGAAAAACCUCACAAAUUGGGUGGCUUGCCUUACGACAGCAGAUUGUAUACCAUAUAUUUGUCCAAGGAAGAAAGGGACAAACAUAUAAUUUAUACGAAUAUGGAAGAUCGAGAUAUGUACCUACGCGACAUUUUGUCAACGUUGACGCCAGAUGACGUGCGUCACCUCAUCCAAGCGGAGGAUGAACUGACGCAAUCUGGUGACAUGGAACGCGUGUUCCCGACAUGCCACACUUACAAGUACCUCGGCUACCUGACCGGCCCCCGGUAUUACAACCGGCUGUUCGACGCCUGGGAGACACGGUACACCAUCCACAGAGACUCUGGUAUUGAGCUCCUGCGUAACCUGUGCGACAUCGGCUACCACCUGGAAGUGCCUCCGGUCCCUCUUAAGCGGGCGGCGCCUCAGCUGAGCGCGUUGGAUCGUUGCAGAAUGAUGUGGACGCGCCGUCACCGGUUGCUUCGGAGCGGCCUUCAGUGCAUUCCAUCCCAUCGCUGGAGCCAGCGCCCUCCUCGGCUUCCUUGUCCACCACGGCUCGCACCUGUGGCGACGCCAUCGCGCAGCCGACGGUCCCGCCGGCCCUCGAACCGCGUGCAUAGCACUACGUCACCAAAUCUCCGUGCGACCGACGUGGAAUCUUCAGACAGUGCUCACAUGGAUAUUACCAUCGCAUCUCGAAAGAAGUCCGCGAGUUCAACGGAAGAUAUCUGUGCGGAUCUGAACAGAAAUAUACAGUGCGCGGAGAUGAGCGAAUCGGUCGCCCAGAGUGUGAACUAGACAGGGACAAUAGGAGACCUCAGCGUGGCAAUGUCGAAACUAUAUUGAUCUUCUUUACGUGCACGCGGUAACAUUUUAGAUAACGAGAUAGAAAAAAAAACAGGAAAGUGCAUGAAAAUUUUAGUUAUAGGUAAUCGCCCGUUAUUUAUAUUUAAAAUUCCAAAUCAGCUUUACUUUGUCUUGAUUCUGAUGUACGCAUAGUUAACUUUUAGUUAAGGGGAGCCCACUAAAUUGCGAGUUCCUAUUGAUGAAUAAUGUCGACCACGGAUCGGAGAGAGAAUAUUAAAAAUAUUUAACAUAAUGCAUGAACAACUCGUUUUUACUAUUAUUAUCUGUGAAUUUUUGUAAUUCAUUAAAUACUUGGAUUUCGUUUAGAUUAUUAUUUUGUAAUAUAUUCUCUCAAUAUUGAUGGGCACAACGGGCCAACAGCGUUGACACAGUUUUUAUUGAAGAGAACUGUGAGGGUAUAUUGUAAAAGACUUCGUUGUUUUCGUCUGUAGGAAAGACCGUUUUGUAUAUUUUUCACCAUUCAUCGUGUGAUGCGUAUAAGAACAUUAAAGUAAUAGUGAAAAUAAUGAUUUUGUUAUCGCAUUUAUCUUGUCAUCAUGUACAAUGACCAAUAAUUUAUUUUGCAGACAUUGUGUAAAAUUUUGUAAAAUUAUUAUAAGCACUGGUUUUAAUUAAUCUUAACGAAGCUCUUUCUGAAAAUAGUGAAAGAAUUUGGACUACUACAAAUCAUGACACUAUAAAUCAUGAAGAUAACCAUAUAGACGCAAAGAAGUCUUUUAUCGUGAGACUAAAAGCAUCAAUUCCGAUAUUAUAUUACUUAUAGGUAAAUCGAUAAUUAUAUUCUUCACUUUUGGACGGGAAAAUUUAAUAACUAGAUAUUAGAAAAAAAAUCGUAAAAUCUUAAGACAAAUUAGACAUGUGAUAAAGUUAGAUUUUGGUGUUCAGUCUGACGUGGUAAGUGUUUAGAAUAACAGCAACUCUUGGGUGUUCAUAUAGAACUUUUAGGAAAGAAAAAUCGUAUAUUUGGCUCAAUAGAGCGUGCGGGAUAUGCGUCAUCGUAGAGGUUAAAUGACUGAUGAUGCAAUAAUUAUUCCAAUAAUACGUAGGCCGUAAAACAAAAAAAAUAUGUACGUAAUUGACUGAAUUGAAAUUGAUUCCACCAUACACUGUAUAACACGAAUGUUCAAUAAAAAUAGCUGUAAAUAAUCAUAUAAAUAUAUAUGAUUCCGAGUUAUAUUUAAACAUCGUUAUUGAAUACAUACAUUCUCAGAAUUAGAAACAAUUUAUUACUAUUAUGUAGAAAUAUUAAAAUAUUCUAUGGCAUUUCUUUCACAGCCGAUUAAUAUUUUUUGUACUAUUAUCACACGUUGUUACAAGUAGUGCAUUUUCUAUUUAGAUGAAUAUAUCACGGCAUAAGGAUUCUCUUGACAGGAUUUAUUUAAAUUACACCUUUUUCAAAUUACAUUGAUUACCGAUCACGGUACUUGUACUUCUAGUACUGUAAGGACAAUAACAGGCCUGACGAGUAGCGUCUGAAUGGAAAAAGCGCAACUAUAUAUUUUCUCUCAUCAAUACUUAAUUAGGUUUAACGCUAAGGUUUCCUCUGCAAUAAUGUGUCGUAAUUCUAAAGAAAAUUUUAUGAAUAGGUUAGGUGACUAUAAAUUACAAUGUGUUCAUUGUAACUUAGUGUUGCUAGAGUAGAUGUUUGUCACGACUGUAUCCUCGUGAUUUAAAAAGCGUUUAAUGGAAGAAAUGUCUGGUAUGAAGUACUACUAUGUAUGUAUAGAGAAAAAUAUAUGUUUUGAAUUUUUUAUUGAAUCAUAAGGUAACUUACAGUAUGUUCAUUCCUUAACUUUGAAAAUCACAGUGUUCUUGUUUCUAUUGUUUUAAAAAUAUGCAUGCAGUCGUUUACGGAAAAUGAAAUCAUUAAAGUUACCGCUUUUAAAUAUUUUUGGAUACGAAAAUAAACUUCGAAAUCUAUAGGUAUUGAUGUCUCUCUUUUCUGGAAUGUUGUUUUUUUUUCUGUACUAUUAUUAUAUAUCGGUCCAUUUGCGUACUAUGUUCAUAUAAAUGGUAUUAAUUAGAAAGAAUUUGAUCCGUCAUCUGGAAGACUCCGCCCGCGCUUUAUACUAUCUCUUUAAUAUCUACAAAAGCUGGCUAACCAAACUGCUAAAGCAAAACUAGCUCAACGGUUCUCGUUCGAAUUGCACAUGCACUGCAUUCUACAAAUAUUUAGACUUCGCGUCUAUGAAUUUCCUAUAAAAUAGUGUAAAUAAUGUAUUAGCUGGUUUGUCGUCGAACAGUGGUAACCUUUGUGAGAAUUAUUAUCCUUAGGCGGCUGUUUACUUUUGUAUUGGAAUAUAAAGAUGAUGAUUUACAUAAAUUAUUUAGUGCGUUGUAAUAACCUUUAUGUAUACUUGAUUAUGAUUAUCCAAUUGAGUUUUUACAAUUUACUUUACUCAAUAAUUUAAUUUUUAUUUUUACAGCUGAUUUCGUUUUUAUUUCAUAUCACAAGGUGGUGAUAUUAUUUUAUAGUUACUUUUAUUCCGCAUGUAAUGGCAACCAAAGAUGUCGCACAGUCAUACAGUAGUAACUCCUCCUCUGUUGAUGUUUAUCUAAUCCACUCUGUUCUUCAAGCAUUUAAUCUAAAUGUAACUGAGAGUUAAGGGACAGUUCAGAAUUGAAUUCUUAUGAAACUGAUUAAAAGAGAAAACCCUUUGGACUUGGAUUUUUAUUCCAAAAAAAUGCCUCUGGUGACGAGGUGGUGAUUUUCCGUCAUAGAAAUUUAUCAUGUUGAAACAAUAGGUAAUAGGUAUAUCAUAUUCUGUCCAGUUAAUAGUUUCAUAGAAGAUACGUGAUCUCGAUCAGAUUUAAGUGAAGUAUCACGUUUAUUAGACGACCUUAUUUUGAAUAUUUGAUUUAGGUCACAAGGUAACAUGUUUUGUAGAUAAGGGACAAUUAUGGGUAAUCUUAACCUACAGUUUACAUAUUGUGUGGAAAUCAGAUUAAAACAUUGUUUCCCAAAAAAACAUU